AUGAAGGCUGGAGCAGCAACCCUGGCAGCGGGGAUCCUGGGGGGCACCGGGGUGCUGCUCUUCCUCCUCGCCUUUGGGACGGAUUAUUGGCUCCUGGCCACGGACACCUGCGGGCUCCUGCAGCAUGGGAACAGCACCCUGAGCACCGGGGGGGCAGAAACUCCAGCAGAGGCUGGGAAGGAGAUCCUGACGUUCCACCACGAGGGUUUCUUCUGGAGGUGCUGGUUCUUUGGUGAGGGCCACCCCGAGACCAUCUGGAGCUUCUGGUACACCAGCCAAGCACACCCCAAGUUCUGCAUGCAUGGCUACCUGUUCCCCAUGCCCAUUGCUGUGGGACCUUUCCCCCAUCCCUCCUAUGACACAACUGCAGUGUACAGAGGAUUUUGGACGGCGUUCAUCCUGCUGGCCGUGGCUGCUGGGCUCGUGGGGGGGCUCCUGCUGGUGUGUGGGGUCCCCUUCCACAGCCCCAACUCCUACAAAGUUGGGGGAGGAUUCCUGCUGCUCUCAGGAGGUUUGUUUCUCCUGCUGGUGUUUCUGUUUGUGAUGUGGAAGGAGUUUGCAGCUGACUUUCAGAAGUACAUCCUGCUGGAGAGGAGUGAGAGGUGCCUGGACGAUGUCCCUGUGCACGUUUACUACGGGUGGUCCUUCAUGCUCGCCGCCGCCGGCGUGCCCCUGGUGCUGCUCUCUGGACUCCUCUUCUUCCUGGUGGGCAGAGACAUUAAGGAUUCCCUGCAGUAAAGAGGAACGUGGAGAAGGCCUUGAGAAAAUUGGUGAUGCUCCUUGUAAAGAAACACACCCAGGUUUUGAGGGCUUGAUGGGUUUUGUAGCGCUAAUUGUCGGGGUGGGUUACACUCGCUCUCGUGGGGAGG